AUGCCGGCCCACGCGCCGCCAUCGCCGAGCCUGAUUCCCGCCAAGCGGCCGCGCCAGACAUCGCCUGAUCACCAUUCGCCGAUAUCGGCCACGGCCGCGACAGCGACAGCAGCAGCCGCCGCCGCCGAACGAGCGCCUCUGCCGGUGGUGGAAUGUUUGGUGGGCGAGGCUGCCGGAGGCGGCGACGGCACGCCGGCCGCGGUGGUGGUGGCAGUCGGGACAGGGAGCAAAUCGGGUCCGAGCAGCAGCUUCCGCAAUGUCAGCGCGUGCAACCGGUGCCGUCUGCGCAAGAACCGGUGCGACCAGCGGCUGCCCAGCUGCGUGAGCUGCGAGAAAGCCGGCGUGGCCUGUGUGGGCUACGACCCGAUAACGAAGCGGGAGAUUCCGCGAAGCUAUGUGUACUAUCUCGAGGCCAGAGUGGAGCAGCUGGAAGGUCUGCUGCAGGGCAACAGCAUUGCGUAUCCGCCGGCCGACGAGCUGGAGCACUCGAGCACGGCGCGGUCACCGACUGAAGCGGCACGCAGCGUGCAUUCGGAGCAGCUCGACGGCGGCAAUGCUGGUUCGAUGGCCGUGGCCACGGGUGGAGGCAGUGGAGGCAGCGGAGGCAGCGGAGGCAGCAGCGGGCUUUCCAUCAGCAUCAGCAACAACAACAACAAUGGCACGGACGGUGGAACGAUGGCCCAGGCGACGGGCAGCCGAGUGCACCGGAUGCAGGUAAAGGCAGGCGGACGAGACAACAGCAACCAGCAGCAUCAAGACCACCAGCACCAGCAGUAUCAACACCAACACCAACAUCACCACGGCUCGACGGCGGGCGUGUCGUUUGCACGGGUCGUGUUUGCAGCGGUGCAGUCGUCGGUGACGGACCAGAAGUCGGUCUCGGACAAAAACGGAGUGCGGCCGUACAAGCCGAUUGCCGGCAACGGGGCCGUGGGAACGGGGACAUCGAUGCGCGACUCGUUCUUUGGGCUGCACACGAAGCCGACGAUCCGACCGGCGACGUUUCCAGACCGGACGCUGGGCUUGCGGCUGGUGCGGCUCUACUUUGAGCACGCGAACCCACAGAUUCCAGUGCUGCACCGCGAGGACUUUAUGCACACGUUUGAGCUCGCGUAUACGGACGAGGCACAUGGCCGCGGACCUCGGGAGCUGUACAUGCUCAACAUGGUGUUUGCGAUUGGCGGCGGGAUCAUCAUGGGCGACACGGCCAAGCCGGAACCGGUCGGCAACAACAGCAGUGACAGCAGCAGCAGCAGUGGCCGAACACGACAGUGUCAGCCGGAAGAGUACCAUGCCAGCGCGAUCAUCCACCUGGAGGCAUGUCUCAGCAACAGCGGUGGUGGGCUGGAAGAGCUGCAGGCGGUGCUGCUGCUGGCCAACUUUGCGCUGCUGCGACCGGUGCCGCCGGGACUGUGGUACAUUGUGGGAGUGGCGGUGCGACUGGCCGUCGAUCUGGGGUUGUACUACGAGGACGGCAAGGACGUGGACGCGGGACUGCCGAGCAGCAGCGUGGUGCCGACAGAGGUGUUGGAGCGUGAACGCGGCCGCCGCGAAUACGUGCGCGAUCUCCGGCGGCGGCUCUGGUGGUGCACAUACUCGUUUGACCGGCUGGUCAGCGUCUGUGUUGGGCGGCCACCCGGCGUUCCCGACCAGGUGAUGACGACAGAGUUUCCGUCGCUGCUGGACGACCGCUACAUCACGGCGACCGGGUUCCUGCGCAGGGAACACGAUCCGACCGAGCCGUCGUACAAGCGGGCAGCUCAUCAUUACUUCCGGCUGCGGCUGCUGCAGUCGGAGAUUCUGCAGGUGCUGCAAUUCCAGCAGGCGCAGCUGGCACGCGCAACGUCUAGCGGAAACCGGCCGUUUGCCGAGGGCAAGCCGUUCAUGAACUAUGACCUUCCGUGUCCGUAUCUAGCCGGCUUCGACUCGUUCCGGUCGUGGCGCAUCGACAUUGACCGGCGGCUGUACAAGUGGAAGUCGUCAGUGCCGCCCAAGUCAGACAACGGGGUGGCCUUUUCGACCGAGUUCCUCGUGCUCAACUACUGGCAGGCUAUCAUCAUGCUGUACCGCCAGAGCCUCAGCGUGCCGGCCGUGUUCGAGAGCGAGUACCACACAUCCAAGGAGGUCAACAGCCCGACGGCAUACCACUCAGAGUUGCGCGAGGAUGAGGACCGCGUCUAUCUCAAGGUGGCCGAGGCCGGCCAGAAGAUCCUGCGCAUGUACCGCCAGCUGCAUCUGGUCGGCCUGGUCAACUACACGUAUCUGGCCACGCACCACCUCUUCAUGGCCGGCAUCUCGUAUUUGUACGCGAUCUGGCACUCGCCGAUUGUGCGCAGCCGACUGACCAUGGACGAGGUGGACUUUACCAUCCUGGCGGCAACAUCGGUCUUCUCGGACCUGAUGGACAAGUGCCCGCCUGCCGAGGCAUGUCGUGAUGCCUUUGACCGGACAGCCAGGGCGACGAUCAAGAUGGCCAAUGCAAAGGGGGGCUUUGGACAACCAGCCCUAGGACACGGCCGCGGCCACCGCUCACGACAGCGGUCCUCGUCCCGAGGCAGCAUGGAUUUGCAGCGGGUAGACUGGGCUUAUUCGCCGACUACGGACGAGCCGACACCGACGCCGAACCCAGGCCACCGACAGGCUUCACGGCCAUACCGGAUGGCAACGGGCAGUGGUGGCAACAGCGUGGCAGCAGCAGCAGUCAAGACCGAAGCCGACGGCUUUUCGCUGAUGCAGAACACACCUAUUGUGCCGCGAAGCAGCGCCAGUUCGGCCGACAUGGCCAGGACACCCGACGGUUCCAACAUGGACCAGGCUUCCAUCCUAGCAUCGCCGACGAUAGGAACCCAUGUGUCGCCGAUGCAGACAGCAAUGCAGGACACGUCUCCCGCAUCGUUGAUGACCUUGCAGCAGCAGCAGCAGCUCCUGGCGCAGCAAAACGUCGCCUCGGUAUACACGCCCAGCAGCCAGGCCUACUCAGACCUGCAGGGUAUGGACUUUCUCCAAAACUUUGGCGGCGUGGGCGGGGACCAGAUGUUUGGCGGCAGCGCCUUCUCGACAGAGCCGCCGAUGGACAUGGGACUCGGCUUUGGCUGGGAGGGCAUGCACCACGACUUCAAUGACGGCCAGCAGCUGGACCUGUUUGACGGCUUCUUCUUUGGCGGCCAGCAGGGCGGUGGCGGCGGAGGGAUGUGA